AAAAUCGAAACGAAGAGACCAUACAUGUGAUACCUGCGGUAAAAGUUUUGAAUCCUCAUCUGCUUUCAUAUGGCACCUGAUAUAUCCUGAAAGAAAACGACCAUUUUCAUGUGAUAUUUGUAAGAAAACGUUCAAAUAUAAAUUUGAGUUAAAAAGACACAUGAAAAUAGAACAUUCACAUGAAGAAACCAUAACUUCUUCCAAAAAAUGCAUAGAACAUGGCCAAGAAGUGCAAUCAGAUUUUUUUCAGACACCAUCAACAAGUUUUGAAGAAAGAGGAUCAAUUGAACCUGAACAACCGGCUUCAGAAGAGAGUAUUUUCACACCAGGAGAAGCUGAAGAAUUUCUUAAAGAUUUUAACAUCGAUUUAGAAAUUAUGAACUUAGAAACAUCUUCACAACUGGAGUUAUUCUCAGAGAUUGAAAACGAUGAAGAUAAUUUCGAAUGUCAACUUUGUGGACAACAGUUUUCUGCCGAAAUUUCUUUAAAGGAACACGAGAAACAAUUUCACCAAUCUAAAUAAUUCUGGACAUUUAACUUUGAAAUAAUGUAAAUUCAAAAAGUCAAAAAUUAUUAACAUUUUUGUAUAUUGGUGUGAGACUAAUGAAAAUUAAACAUUAGUAAAACAAUUUUAGUUACA